CUCCCUGUAACCCCCGUGGGUGUUGACCCUCCCUGUAAUCCCAGGGGGUGCUGACUCUCAUUAUUACCCUGGGGGGGAGGGGGGUGACCCUCUCUAUUACCCCAGGGGGGGCUGACCCUCAUUAUUACCCUACGGGGGGCUGUCCCUCUCUAUUACCCCAGUAGGGGCUGAGUCAUUCUAUUACCCCACCUCCCAUUGCUCCAGGUGAGCCUGGGGUGCUAGGUAUACUGCCUCCCCCUGAUAGGUCAGUGUGCUCGGUGCUGUGAAGAUGCCAGUCAGGAACAGAUACAAUCUGGUGGAUGAUGGCUGUGACUCCAGGGUUCCCCUGCACAAUGAGGAAGCGUUCCAGCAUGGGAUCCACUUCCAGGCUAAGUACAUUGGAAGUUUGGAUGUACCCAGGCCGAACAGUCGGGUGGAAAUCGUGGCCGCGAUGAGGAGGAUUCGGUAUGAAUUUAAAGCAAAGAAUAUAAAGAAGAAGAAAGUCAGCAUCGCUGUGUCAGUGGAUGGCGUCAAAGUCGUGGUGAGAAAAAAACAAAAGAGAAAGGCAUGGACAUGGGAUGAAAGUAAGAUGCUGGUGAUGAACGACCCUGUAUACAGAAUAUUCUACGUCUCUCACGACUCUCAAGACUUAAAAAUCUUCAGUUAUAUCGCUCGAGACGGUUCCAGUAAUACCUUCAAAUGCAACGUAUUUAAGUCGAAAAAGAAGAGCCAAGCCAUGCAAAUAGUGCGGACUGUCGGGCAGGCUUUCGAAGUAUGUCACAAAAUGAGCCUACAGCAUGCCCAGCAGAAUGCGGAUGGAGCCAGUGACAAGUCUCUAGAAGAACAACCGAUAGAAGAGCAACAGUUGACAGGAGAGACGAACAAAGAUCCAGAAGAGGCCGACGCCAGUCUCCAGAGAGUCGUUGUCCACGAGAAGGAGAGCUGUGAUCAACUCUCAACUGUGUCGGAGUUAGAAAUUGUCAAGUGCGUGCAAGGGCUGGAUGACCAGACCAUCGAGGAGAUCGAGAACAGCACCAUCUUUUCAUCAGUGACUCCGAACUUCCGGACUCCCACCAGCUCCGUAUCUGCCCUGACCCCUCUGGCCUCCCAGCAUCGGCUGCACCUCUUACAACAUCAGCUGUUACAGCAGCAGCAGCAGACACAGGUGGCUGUCGCACAGGUGCAGCUGCUUAAAGACCAGCUUGCCGCGGAGUCGGCCGCCCGCAUUGAAUCCCAAGCCAGAGUCCGGCAACUGUUACUGACCAAUCGAGAUCUCUUACAGCACAUCUCUCUCCUGGUGAAACAACUCAAGGAGCUAGAGCUCCGGACAGACCCGAAACUGUCGACCGACAAAAGAUCUUUACACAAACUGGCUAUUGCACAGUCUUUGUCGCUAAACUUAAAGAACUUGUACAGCCUGGAAAUUAACCUCCCUUCCACCUCAACGCCAGCCAGCCUUCAGAGUUCCAUGGUCUCCACUCAUGCCCUUAAUGGGAAGAACAUCGGGGAGUCUUAUCUCAAUCUCUUAAACCUGGAGAAGGGUGGCCUCAGCAAGGAGAAUGCAACUGUGGACAUAAAGGAAGUAGCCAACAGGAAGGUGGAAGGGUCUGAAGUCACAUCAGUCCUCGCAGACCGUGCAGAGUUGAUCAAGGCUGAAGAUCGAAGUCCAUGUUUAGGAGAUACCAAGGUCGUGUCAUCUUUUCCAAAGCUGAUUCCACCACCUCCGAUCACUAGAAAGAGAUCUACAAAGGUUCUGCCAGGGCAAAUAAUAGAGUCAAGGUCAACCGAAAGCGUAACUCACACUACUCCUGCCAGCGUCAACCUUACGAGCUUUACCACCAUCACCUCAUGUUCAAUCACACCAUCGGAGUUUGAGUCAGAGGAUACAAGUCCAUCAUUUAAAAACUCUUACUUUCCAUGUUUUGAAAAUGGCGAGCUGUCGCCCAUUAAGGAACUGUGUCGUUUGUCUUUCCAACAAGAGUCUGUUGAAGAAAAUGGGACCUAUCAUUCUAUCACCAGCAGCUACGACAACUUGGAAGAUACCCCAACUGUUUUACCCGAGAUCCAGGUCUGCAAUGGUUUGGUUAAGCAGUUGGGCAUUGACAGCACCUUACCUUUCUCCACCGCAAACGAUACGUGUUUGCACAUCAGCUUUUCUGAAGAUGAUUUCCCCGACAUUGAUUCAGACGAUCAUUUGGGGGCUCCCAAGCAGUGGCGCUUAAUUAAAAACGGAAACUGACGAGGAUUAAAAACUGACCUGCCUGUUAGGAAAGCAUUUUAAAGCGAUUGGCUUGUGAAAGGCGGGGGGGAAAAAAUAAGGUGUUGAGAGCAGAAUCUGUUCUCCGAAGGACACGCUGAGAGUUUAACAGCAAAAAAAACACUACAUUGAAAGCCAUUUAAUUGGUUUAAACACGUGUAAGUCACUCAUUUAAACUGGAAGAUGUCAUGUUGCGACACAACAAGUAAUAAACUCGGCAAGCCAUGUAGAUUACAGAAGAAGGUCACAGUCAUUCUCAAAAACUGUCACAUGUCGUGCUCUGCAAAUUAAUAGUUUGCUCCUGUGGGUGCUUGCCAAACGUUUGUAUUUCACACUGUAUUUGGGGUAACGUACUUGUUAUUCACCAGUCAUACUAGGAAAGAAUGAUGAGAAUUGUGCAUCAAAAUACAGAAAGCUAUAAUAGAGGUUGUGGUUUAUAAAACAAGGAGAAUAUUAUGGACGUUUUAAUUUAUUAACAGCUGGUGAUGUACAAGUGCCUUGCCCUGCUCUAGAAGUAAGCUUGUUGUAACAAAAUAACUUUUUACCUUGAAAGCCGAAGAUGAUUUGUUUAUAUUCCAGUUUUCACCCUACAACUCGUAUCGAACUUCAAAAUAAGACCGUAGCUUUGACCACUAUCCCGGGUCUUCUCUCCAAACAGACAGGGGUUGUCAAAGAAGUGUUGGAUAUGUCAGUCAGCUCAGACAAUGGAGCUACUCUAUUUUUAUUAUUUUUUUUUAAUCUAUAGACACCACAGAGUAAAAUGAUCAGCACCGUAUUGUGAUUUUUAGGAAUCAGAAAAAUCUUGCCUCCUGCAUUCAAUUCGCCAACCCCGUAUAAAAAAAAACUAAUAAUAAUAAUUUUUUAAAAAGUGAUUUUAGAGAGUCACAAAAUAUUCAAUCAUUUACCCCUUGUAUUAUGGGUUUACAAUCGCUAUAGUUUUUUUUAUAUGUUCUAUAAAUUAUAGACUACUAAAUGAAGAUGUGUUCUAGCUAGCAGAAGAUGAGAAAUGAUGCAUAGUAAAAUAGUUUAUUUUUUGCAAUCUUUCAAAAAAAUAUGUUUUUUAAAUCCCUAGUUACAGCAACGCCCUCAGAAAACAAUGUCAAUUGCAAUUCUUCUCUUGCGUUCGACAGAAGAUGAUUUAUGUAAAUAUCUGUAGAAUUUAAUUUGCAUUAUUUAGGCUCUCUCUUUAAGACCACUAUAAAGAUAUAUAUUUUGUUAGCUAGAGUCAAAAUGCUGUAAAAUCAGAUCAUUUGAUUAUUGCUUGGUGGUAGAAGCUCAUUAAUGCCUUAAUCAAUUUCAAUUGAUCUUCCAUGUUCUACCCAAGUGUCCUCAUCAAUGAAGAUUCUCAUGUAGAAUACAGACGUCUUGUAAUAUCACUUCAAGGUUACGGCUGGAAAAUUAGUUUUGCACAACAUACAUUCUCCUUGCCCUUAAAGGAACGCUCUAGCAUUGGAAAUACAUGUAUGUAUUCCUAAUGCUAAAAUGUUAUACUAUUUUUUUGGUAUUAUUGACCCCCACCCAACAAUAAAAAAAUAAAAAAAAAGUUAACUUAUAGGCACUAGCUCUGCCAUCCCGUCUGAUUAUCUCAGCCAAUCAAAUGCUUUUCCAUAGGAAAGCCUUAGGAGGCCACUGAGCAUGCACGUCAAACACCACGCUGCGACCAAUCAGCAUCUCAGAGAUGCAUUGACUCAACGCAUGUCUAUGGUGAGCAUUCAGUGUCUCUGUAAACAACUGUCCUGCAAUCUUUCUAGCACUGAACCCAGGAAGUCAGAAUUAGGCAGCAGUGGAAGGACUGACAUUUCUCGGAAAAGGCAGUGUUUACAAUGAUAAGGCUGCCGGAACCAUUUCCAUUACAGUGUACUGGUUCUGUUGCCUAGAGUCUACCUUUAAUGGAGGUAAACAGAAUGAUCUUACCAAACAGCUCACUGAGGGACUGA